GAGAAUAUUAGCCUAUUGGAAGAGUAGGCACACUGCAAAUUUGGAGUUGCAAGAAAAGACAUCUCCAAAAAGUAACAACGACUAAAGAUGUCCGGACGAUCAGGUCGCGCGGAGACACGAAGUCGUGCUAAAGAUGACAUUAAAAAGGUGCUGGCAGCAAUUGAAAAAGUGCGUAAAUGGGAGAAGAAGUGGGUAACAGUGGGAGACACAUCCCUACGCAUAUUCAAGUGGGUGCCUGUGACAGACACUAAACAGAUAUACCGGAGCAAAUCCAUAACAGGAGAGGUUCGAGGUCUAAAAGAUGUGGUGUUGGAAAACACCAGCUCUACCUUGGAUUUCCAAGAUGAAUGCAGCAACCAGAGUUUCCUGUCUGAUGUUUACCAGCCCAAAAUGGACAGCAGCAGCUCCAGCUCCCAGCAUGCCAGUGAGGCAGUCAGUCCUCUCCCCCACACUACAACCCUCCGCACGACCGAAGACGCUCAACCACCCAUGCUGGGCCAGGAGAGUGUGGACGAACCGGCCCAGCCAGCACAUGAAGUUGCUGAUGAGCCUCCUACAUUGAUCAAAGAGGACCUGGUUUUGCCCCUUGGUGUCAGAGUAAGAGCUCCAUGCACAGAGGAAGAAGAGGAAGGAUCAGGAGCCCCUCCACUGAAGAAAGUUUGCACUGAAAAAAAGGCUGUACUGAGAUAACUAGUUGACUGGAUGGACAUGCAUGCAACCUAUGCACUCUCUCUUUAUUGAAGGCUUCAAAUGGGACAUACGAGUAACUGCCAAAAUAAUGGAAACACUUGAGUAAAUGAGGGAUACAAAGUAUAUUGAAAGCAGGUGCUUCCAUACA